AUGCUCGAAUUCAAUGCCGGCCUCCUCAGCGUUGGUAUCAGCAUCGUCGCUCUCGGCUCCCUCUACCUACUCUUCGACCACUUCUACGUUGUACACCACAAUCAGACGAGCCCCGCCAAUUUGGCGGCAGCGGAAGCGGCGGCGGAUUGGCCGGACUUGAGCGCGACAACAUGCCUUGACCUGUUCCAACUCCUCGAGGACGAAAAUACUCCUGCCUUCCGCUCGGCUGUCAUACGGGCCUUAUCACUCACCGUCCCUCCUUCCUCGCACCACCUCGUCGGCCUUACUUUCUCCAUCAUUGCUGCGCGCGUCCCUCGGACCAAAUACGCCCGUCUGGUCGGCACGCAGCUCUGCGUACCCCUGGGUCUGGGCGAAAGAGAGAACGAGGUGGCAAAGCAGGAGACUAUGAGAUUGAUCAGGGCGGAAGUGUGGAAGGGCGUCGCGGGUGUGGUCAAUGAACUGCUUAAUGAGCACGGGGGCACGUUUGCCCCCUCGGUCGACUACGUUAUCCUCCUUAAUGGCGUCAAGAACCUCAAGGUGUUCGGGAGGGCGAACAAGGCGUACAUCGGGAGGGGAGGUCUUAUGGUGUUGUUGAACGAUGCGUAG